GGAAUUUUUCAGGUUAUUCGACAUCGGUUAUGUCCUAGGCGCAAUAUAUGGAUUACUGUUAUCCCUCGUAUUAACAGCGAGAGAAAACUACUACUCAGAUGCUGGUCUAUCCCUCACCGACUUCUUCUGUGCAUAAGCUGAAUAUUUCCUCGCGGACAGAAGCCGCCGUCCAGAUUCAAGGCCACGUUUUUUUCUCCUCUGUCGCUUGCUUCUCCAGCGCCCGUUCAAACUCGAGUUUCCUGCCUUUGUUGUGAAACUCCGAAUCAACGUCUGCUCUUCCAGGAAAGACACCACCAUGGCACAGCUCCUUCCUGCUGUUAGGUCGCACGCUUUCGUCGUUUUGUCUCGCCCUCUCUCGUCACACCGAAGAAACUUCGCUUCUGCUGCGAUUUCGAGGAAUGCCCUAGAACGCUCUGCUCCUCCUCCACCCUCUUCUGCUGUUUCUGCUCCUUCUUCUUCGUGUACAGCCGCGCCUUCAGGGGAGAGAGAGAGAGAAUCGGAUGCAUGCUUCGCACAGAAAGACGGAGAGAAGACACUUCCUUGCCCCUCGCUUCGUCGACCGUAUCGGGACUUCUUGCGUGCAUGCGCCAAAACAUUCGGGGAAGAUUUCGAGGCGAGGUUCCACGUGACCAGACAGAUGACCCAAAUGCUCAGAGGAAACCCUUUCCGCCUGCCCACAGAUCGGCUAAUACGCGAGCUCAAAGACGCGUCCGACUUCGUCAGGUUUCACAUCGUUCAGGCGCAACUGAAUCCUGACACCGGAGCGUAUCGCGCAACGCCGACGGACGACCACAUUCGGAAGGGAGACGUCAUAGAACUCAGUGGCUACGACGCAGAACGCAUGCAAAAACUUCCUUGGCUCUCCAGAAAGCCAGGCGACUCCCUCCCACCAGAGCCCACGCGCGAGACAUCCCCUCGGCAGAGCACCGAGGCGAAAUUUUAGAAAACUGGAGGAAACAGAGAACAAGAGGAGGAGACGUGGAGAGGAACAGAGGGAGAGAGAGGGAAAGAACAAAGCGAGACACACUCACAGAGCAAACGGACGACAACAGGAUUCAACAGGGUUGUCCAGAGAGCUCAUUUCUCUGAGUCAUCGUCUUUGCAGGCAGCGCUCUUCUCUCUGAAAGGUUUUUUCUCGCGAAAAACAACCAAAAACGUAUUAAUCUGGACAACACUGCUCUUGACAUGAGCAGAAACUCUGUUUCCCCACUUGGUUUGCCUGCUGCGUGCUCUACUCUCCCUGUCCUCUCUCUCUGUUUUUGCGUGGAGUGUUCCCUAGACUGUUCUCUCUAGAUUCUCCUUUGCUUGAACAGACCGAGCUGUCUGCAUCCGUCUUGCUUUCUUAGAGAGGUCAGCAGUUUUGCGAGUCGCACGUUUUUCGCGUCCGGAUUUCUCUCAACAAGCAGCAGC